AUGCACCACUACCUGGUGAUAGUGACGAUCGUGCUCCUGAUCUACAAACUGUCUGUGGCGCUCACCAUGGCCCCGCCGACCGCGCGCCGCCGCCUAGACGUUGACCUUAACUUUGCGGAGACUGUAUACGUCAAAGUGUCUGACGCAUGUAGAGCCAUUAUGGAUCUUCGUUAUAACACAAAAAACGAUCAAAGCAACUUAUUAAAGACGAUGAAAAUAAUACGUUUGCACAAUGACACAACACAAACGUAUCCGAUUGAUACUGCUUACCAAGCCCUUACUCAAGCAGGCGUAUUUGAUAUAACAAAACAAACAAAAGUUGUAAUACAUGGAUUUAGAGAUAAUUCACAAUCUGACGUGCCCUACGAUUUGGCUCAAGCUUACAAUGAGAAGAAAAUGUUUAAUGUUCUCUUAGUGGAUGCUGAAGAAUUAGUUAGUAAAGGAUAUAUCUUGUCGGCAUACAAUGUUCGCCUUGUCGGAAAAAGACUCGCAAAUCUAUUGGCCAAUUUGGAAAACUUUGGGGCGAGUGCUGACGAUUUCCAUUUACUCGGCAUAAGCCUAGGAGCACAUAUCGCCGGCUCGGCAGGAAAAUACUACCGUCAGUAUAAAUCCCGCAGUUUGGGUCGUAUUACUGGGUUGGAUCCAGCCGGGCCCUGUUUCACAUUUGCGGACGCCAGCCAAAGACUUGACAAGACUGAUGCAGGUUACGUGGAUGUCAUACAUUCAAACAAAAUGAUACAAGGAAUUCUCGAAUCCGUAGGUCAUGCAGAUUUCUAUCUCAAUGGAGGAGGACCGACUCAACCAGGUUGUUUCAUGCCCAGUUGCAGUCAUUUGAGAGCUGCAAAAGUGUAUAUAGAAAGUAUUAGAGUGCCUCAGUCGUUUAUAGGUGUAAAGUGUGACAGUUACAAAGGUUUUAAAUCGAAUAUAUGUGAUAUCAAUAACUUAGCUGUAUUAGGAUACGGGUCAUCAACCUCUUGCCGAGGAGACUACCACCUGCGCACGUCUAGCAAGGCUCCGUACGGUCUGGGCAUGGCCGGUAUAACAUAUGAUAGUAAAGGUAAAAAGACAAUGCCUACAGACUCUAAUGACUGGUUUAGAAUGUUGAAGUGAUACAUUUUAGUGUCACCUAUUAUGUAAUGUUGCCAUGUGUUUUUAUUAUUAGUUAAGUUACUAGGAACUCUGGGUUUAGCAAUUUAGCACUAAUACAAUUGUCUAUUUCGAUCUGUAAUUCAACUUGGUGAACAUUUUUUCAGUCAUCAGUAAUUUUAAUUUUUUUGAAUAGGAUUCUCACUAAAGCUUAAUUUUUUAUUGUAUCUAAAAAUAUAUAUAUGUCGCCCUCUACACUUACAAGUAUUUAUUUAUUAAAUCCUUGACUUUGGGUUUAUGUCAGUAGCAAACUGCCAUAUACAACGGCUCACCUACACCACAUAUUUUUGAUUACAAAUCUACUUUAACCCCAUCUCUUAUUUAAAACAUAUACUGUAAAAAAUAUUGAUUUCGUAUACAUAAUAUGCCUUAUUUCGUUGUAUUGUUCAAUUUGUACAGGUUGCGUGUGCGAUAAAGUAUGAACACAUAACACCGUCAGACUGACCUGAAUGACAAUGAAUGCCGAAUCAAAUCGAAUUGCGUGCCAAUUUGGUACGUUUUCACUACAGCUGGCAUUUCCUUCCGCGAUGAUGCCGUUUAGAAAAAUAAACUUAAAGACGGACAUUGCUACUCAUAAAUUUUGUUGUGAUAGUUUUUGAAAUUACUAAUUUAUAAUAAUUAUAAGAGUUAGGGUUAUAAUUAUUGUUUCCUUGUAUAUAUAUUUUUACAGAAUACUGAUUUUCGAUGCUGAUAAUACUUAACAUCCCGAAAAAAACAACACUUUACUUAUAAACAACAAUAAAAUAAUCUUUAAAUUUCAAAUCGAAUAUUUCUACUGAACGUACAUAUUUAUCCCUUUUUGAAAUUCAGUUUUUGUUCUUUUUCAUCCCUUGUCCUAUUUCACCGUCGGCUCACCUUUUACACCCCAUAGAAGUCUUCUCCGGAUUGUCAUACGUUUUAUAUUUUGCCUCUGGAUCUCUUUUUGUACAUUGAACCACCAGGUGGAAGGCCUACCAGGUGGUAGGAGAGGCCUUUAGGUUCGACCCUUUCGAGUAUAUUGAGGACCUGCCGUGGCCUUUUUUUAAGUCGGUUAUACUAGGUGCAUUAUAUAGCUAUUUUAUAUUUUUGUGAUCUUUGGUUUGCGUCAUUGUUUCGCAACAAUUUGCAAACCGCGACGAAAGCAGAGCACCAUUAACGCGCGGAACUGUGCAAUUUCGCAUUAAUUCGACGGUUUAUUAGUUGACAAUAGUGCCUGUUGUACCUAAUUUAAUAGCAAAUUUACAUAACGCAAUCUUAUUUAAGGUGAUAGCUGAACAUUAUGACGUUGCUUGACCGUGAAUUUGUUAUAUUUAUAUUGUAUACAUACUGAAAAAGAAACACUUGAUACAAGUAUGCAUAAUGGCGGACUUAUCCCAGAGAUCUCUUCCAGUCAACCAAACAUCUGAAGAAAGCCUCGAAAGUUUUCUCUCUCUCUCUCUCUAAUUUCAGCGUUUUACUGAUUUCUUUCUUACCAGUUAAGUGUCGGAGCGGAGCUCAGAGUCCUUUUACCACCAUCCUGAUAUAAACAGUUAAACUUUUAACUUAGUAGUAGUAGAUGAGUUU